UAUUACGGCCAUAAACAUGAAUCAAACGAGAUGAAACACCCCCAUACUCGCAGGGAGGAUCGUCGCGAACCACGCCCCUCCCAUGCGCAAGCCAACAACGGGCAAAAAUGGAAGACAAAGACGACGACGCCGCCUCACUCUCCACCUGCCUCCUGCAAUGGGUGCAAUCCUUCCCCAACAUCCCACCCGCACACAACCUAGCAGCCCUCUCCGACGGCCUCACCCUCUGGUCCAUCCUGCAAUCCAUCGACCCGUCCUACUUCACCGGCUCCCUGCCCGAACCCCACGUCACCCCCUCCAGCGACUGGACGCGCAAAUGGCAGAACCUGAAGCACAUCGAGAAGGCCGUGGCGCUCUACUACCGGGACGUAUGCAAUGAGUUGGGAGAACAUGUGGGCGGGGUGGCUGCGGUCGCGGUCCCGGAUGUGCAGGCUAUUGCGGCGGAGGGCUCGGUGGGGGAUUUGGAGAAGUUGAUUCUGGGGAUUAUUCGCGCCGCGAUGGCGGAGCCGGAGUCGAAUCAGAGGAUGGCGCAGAGGUUGAUGGGGUUGGGGAGGGGGACUGCUAUGGUUAUCGCGCACGAGUUGCGGGCUAUGGAGGAGAGUGAUGGGGAGGAGGGGGAAGAGGAGGAUGAUUUGGAGUCUCGGCCUUCGAGUCGUGGGGAUGUGAGGGACCGGAUUGACGCCGAGGGUGCGCAAGCCCAGCCGAAGACGAACGGUGCGUCGAAGAUUGCACCCGCAUACCAGGAUCCACUGCUACAGCGAGAGGAGGAAUUACUCAAAGCGCAGGCUACCAUUGACAAGAUGGAGGCUACGCAUGGCGAGGUACUCCGCCAGCUGCAAGAACUACGCGGCGAGAAGGAGAGUCUACAAGAAGCAUUCAACGCCUACCGCGACGAAAUCGAGAGCAAAGGCCGGAAAACCGCAGGCGAUGACGCAUUCAAAAAGCUCCAGCGGCAAGCAGACAACGAUCGCGCAUACAUCGAGGACCUCGAAGACCAACUGCAGUCCUCGAAAUCCACAAUGGAGAACUUUGAGCGCGAUAUCCAACGGUACAGAGACGACGGUGAAGGCACGCAGACGCUGCGGGACGAAGUGCAGCUUCUCAAAGCCGACAACGCCGAUUUGACGCAGCGCAUCAAAGCGAAUGAAAAUCUCAAGAAGAAGAUCCAGACGCUGCAGGAACAGGAGACGGCGAAUGCAUCGCUGCGAGACGAGAUCAAGCACGCCAAUGAGCGGGUGGAGGGCGUGGAUCGGCUGAAGGAGAUUCAAGCGGCGUUGGAAAAGGAGAUUAUUGAGAAGCAGGGGCUGAUCAGGAAUCAGGAGUAUCAGAUCAAUGAGCUCACCACCAUCCGCAGACACGCAGAGUAUGACGCGAGGAUGUUGGCGCAGAAACUGCAGGAAGCACGCGAGCGGCACGAACGCGAUCACGAGACCAUCCAGGGGCUGAGAGGCAAGCUGAAAGACCCCGAUUCCGACGAGCAGACGAUUGCAGACGUGGAAUCCAACGACAAGCCCCCGUCGUCGGACUCUGCCGCUGCGACUCCAACCACGGCGAACAAUGAAAACACAAAACACUUAGCAGAGAAAGUGACCCUCCUCCAACAACAACUCGAAACUGCCGAUCUCCGCCUCAAACAAGCGUCCGACCGCGCCGCUACGCUCGAAGACCAACAACGCCUCGACUCCUCCAAAAGCCUCGAAGACCAACGAACAGCCUCGGCGCAAGUCGAAGAACACGAGCGGACGAUCGCCCAACUGCGAAAAGAGCUCGAGGCGUCGACAGCAGCCAAGCAGAUGACGGCGGCUGCAGAGGCUCCUGCGGCACCGGCACUCCCGCAAGAUCUCGCUGCGCUGCGACGCGAGAACCAUCUCAUGGCUACGGCGUGGUUUGAUUUGUCUGCGCGCAUUCAGGAUAAUGGCGUUUCGCUGGGGCGGAGGAGGCAGGAGCCUAAGAGUUGGAUUGGAAGGCAGAGGAGGCUGGUUGGGCCUCAUGCUGCUGGGCUGGGGAACUAAUAGUGCGCAAGACUUGUCGCCUUGUUCGGGGAGACGGAGUGGAUGUUUCGUGUCUUAUUUGAAUGAUUCUAUAGGCUA